AUGGUGUAUUCAGAAGAGAUGCUGUUUGGUCUUCUGAUAUUCUCUGUACUGGUACUGCGAGGUGUUUUUUCUGAAAUAGCCCAGGAGCUGCCGAAUCCGUGUGCCGAUGCGCCAUCCGAAUCCGCUCGGAUCAUCUGCGAGCAGCUGCACAAGUGGGACAGGCAAGCACGAGCAAAACCACCAGUGGGAUCACUUGCUGCGCUGCCACCGGCAAUUCCGGGCAAAAUGCGACUAGUUGCUGCCGAGUUGGCCCCAAUCACUGCCAGCCCGUACCAGUGCAUGGAUCUCGAGUGUCUCUGCACAUACCUAAAGGGUCAGUUAUUCGGCUUUUCAAUUUCCUAA